CUAGAACUUUCCACGCUUUUCCUACGACUUCUACCUUAAUAAGCAACUUCGGCAUGAUGCCGGAUUGCCAAAUCCCAACAAUUAUCAAUGCAUAGAUACGGGCCUGUGCGUAAAGAAAAAAAAUUCCACAACAAUAUUCAGCUAAGUUGACUCGGACGUGCCGAAGUUCGCGGCGGGCCGGUCAGCGAACCCUAACCCCAGCGCCUUUUCCCUCCUUCCAAUGCGACCUACUCUGUCUGUCCUGAAAGUCGCGGUCCUAUCGCAACCUUUCAAGCGGUCACAACUUGGUAUCUUCCAAGGCAAGUCCAAGCAAUACGGCAACAACGUCCCGUUUUCCAAGCACAAGUCACGCAGGACAUGGCUCCCUAACGUCCAGACGAAACGUAUCUUUUCUGAUGCCCUCAACCAGUCCGUCAAGUUGAAGGUCACUACGAGAGCCUUGAAGACUAUAAAGAAGCACGGCGGACUUGACAACUACCUCACCAAGGGCAUGAAGCCUUCAGAACUCAGCUACGAAGGAAUGCGGCUACGCGUCGGCGUAUUAGAUGCAAUACGGACACCGCUGCCUGCUAAUGCUCAGCUACGAAAAUCCCCGGCGUUCCUCAAGGAGCAGAAGAAGACGGCAGGGAAGGCGAGACUGGCAGAGAUCAUCGAGGCGCAGAGGGCUGCCCUCAACCGGGUCAAGCUCAAUCGGAAGCCAACGCUGGAAGACGCGAGGAAGGUCAGGAUGGAGGUUAUGGAGACUCUGGGGCUCAAGGUGACGCCGGAUCGUAAUAGGGACAAUAGAAGGGCUAUCCUGGGUUUCUUGCAUCAAAGGGCGAAUUCACGGCAGAAAGUAUUAUUACAAGGAACUUCGUAAUAUAUUCUUUUCUAUCUCCUUGGAGGAACCAAGCUGUCUGUGUGCUUCAAAUGUUUUCGGUAUCGACUCGGAUGCUGUUCACUCGGCAAUUCGACUUUAAAAAAUUCAUCCCCUCCCGAUUGGCCGAUAGUCUGAAUGCUGGGCGCCUUCUGCCAAGCGUAAGAGCAGUGCGCUUUAUUUGUCCAAGUAUGUCCACUACGAGACA